GUGCCCUGGGGCCUCCUUCCGUCUGUCCCCAGGGAACAAUUACUGCUACUGUUGUUUUGAACCUCGCACCUCAGUGACUGGCGAUAUGCUUCCUUUGCCCAGGGCAACGGCUCCUUAGGGUGCUGGCAGAAGAAGAGCGGCUUCCCUCACGCUCGCCUCCUUUCUCCACCUCCCGUCUCCCAAGCACGUCGGGCGCUGCCCGGAGCGCCUGGCUCCAGACCAGUGAAAACCGGCCAAGUAUAAAGGCUUCUCAAGAAUGAGAUGGAUCCCGGGGUGUCCUCCCCUGAGAAGCAGGAGAAAGGGAAUUUAGUGGGCAUCAGCGGUAAGCGGCUCGGUGUCUGCGGCUGGAUCCUAUUUUUUCUUUCUCUCGUGUUGGUGAUCAUUACCUUCCCCAUCUCCAUAUGGAUGUGCCUGAAGAUCAUUAAGGAGUAUGAACGCGCUGUUGUGUUCCGCCUGGGACGCAUCCAAGCCGAAAAAGCCAAAGGACCAGGCCUGAUCCUGGUUCUGCCCUGCAUAGAUGUGUUUGUUAAAGUCGAUCUCCGGACCGUGACAUGCAACAUUCCCCCACAAGAGAUCCUCACCAGAGACUCCGUGACCACCCAGGUGGAUGGGGUCGUCUACUACAGAAUCCACAGCGCUGUCUCGGCCGUGGCUAAUGUCAACGAUGUCCACCAAGCCACCUUUCUGCUGGCCCAGACCACCCUGAGGAAUGUCCUAGGGACACAGACCUUGUCCCAGAUCUUGGCUGGCCGAGAGGAAAUAGCCCAUAGCAUCCAGACCAUACUGGACGACGCCACGGAGCUGUGGGGCAUCCGGGUGGCCCGAGUGGAGAUCAAGGACGUCCGGAUCCCCGUGCAGCUGCAGAGGUCCAUGGCGGCGGAGGCCGAGGCCACCCGGGAAGCCAGGGCCAAGGUCCUUGCUGCAGAAGGCGAGAUGAAUGCUUCCAAGUCUCUGAAGUCCGCCUCCAUGGUGCUGGCCGAGUCCCCCGUCGCACUCCAGCUGCGUUACCUGCAAACCUUAACCACCGUGGCCGCGGAGAAGAACUCCACCAUCGUGUUCCCUCUGCCCAUGAAUAUACUGGAGGGUAUUGGUGGCAUCAGCUACAAUGACCACAAGAAGGCUCCCAGCAGAGCCUGAGGUCCUGCGGGCAGCCGGCCACUGCUCAGGGAGUCGCGUCUAUUCCUGCGGGGGGCCAGCAGUAGGAGUCCUGAGAAUGGCAACACUAUUCAAGCCGAAAACUCCACAGCUGUCACAGCAUUAGCAAGGACAUGCUAUAGAGGCUGCCAAAAAAAAAAAAAAAGGCAAAAAUGAGGGCUUUGUACUUCUAUUUUUAGGCACAUAAACAACUUUGCAUUUUUCUUAGGAUAAUUAAUUCGUAGGUGUCCUGGAUUUAUAUACCAAAAGACCUUUCUUACAGUAGAGGGUGAAAUUGUUGGGGGAUGGUGACUAAGCUCUCAGAAUUACUUUGUAAUAGUUUUAAGAAGCACUGUAGAUCAUUUGUAAAGUAAUACAUGUCUCUGAUUUAUAUAUAAUCUCAAAGCAACUACUUGCUAAAUUCUUGAUGACUGCAAUAAAAUCCCACAAUGCUUAAAA